GCGGUCGCUCUGUUAGACGCAUCAGCGCAAUGUGAUGGUGCGCGACCGAGCAACAAUCAAUAAUAUUACAUAAAAUCGUCAAGAAAAUUACAGAAAAGGCAGCUGAAAUAUACAUAUAUUACACCCGAUGUAUUAACAUUGAACUCUUCACGGAAUGACAGUUUGAGUUAAAAGAUUUCUAAAUCAUCACAUCAUUGUGGUAACUAGCCCUACCCUUUGAAGAAAUGACCUCCUCAGCUCACACGUCCUGUUCCUCCACUGACAUCAUUGAUGAGCUGCAGCUCAUCACCGCACAGAAUCUGGAGAGGGUGGACAUCAACAAAUAUUAUGACGUGAUCAGGGAGCUCGGCAAGGGCACCUACGGCAAAGUUGACCUGGUCAUCCACAAGAUCAGAGGCACGAAAAUGGCCCUGAAAUUCUUGCGCAAGAAAACCACCAAGCUGAAGAGUUUCCUGCGGGAGUACAGCAUCUCUCUCUACCUGUCACCCUGUCCUUUCAUCAUCAACAUGUUUGGCAUCGCCUUUGAAACCGAUGAAUACUACAUCUUCGCGCAAGAAUAUGCGCUGGCAGGCGAUCUCUUCGACAUCAUUCCUCCCCAGGUGGGAUUGCCUGAGAGUGUGGCCAAGCGUUGCGUGCACCAGGUGGGGAUUGCACUGGACUACCUGCACUGCAAGAAGCUGGUACACCGUGACAUAAAGCCAGAGAAUGUCCUCAUCUUUGACAAGGAGUGCCGGAAGGUGAAACUGUCAGAUUUUGGCAUGACACGCCGGGCCGGCUCUCCAAUGAAGCGGGUGAGCGGAACCAUCCCGUAUACUGCACCAGAACUGUGUGACCCCGGGCGGCAAGAGGGCUUAUGUGUAGACUACAGCACGGACGUCUGGGCCUUCGGUGUCCUUCUUUUCUGCAUGCUCACUGGAAACUUUCCCUGGGAAAAGGCUCUGCCAUCCGACACCUUCUACGAGGAGUUUGUGCGCUGGCAACAGCGGCGGAGGCGGACAAGCGCCGUGCCUUCACAGUGGCGCCGUUUUACCGAUGAGGCACUCCGCAUGUUCCGGCGCCUGCUAUCUAUCGAGCAGGACCGCCGAUGCUCCAUCAAGGAGGUCUUCAGCUCCUUCAACCACUGCUGGAUGCUCGACACAGAGAACGGCAACACAACCCACACUUGCACGAGUAACAGCAACAGUGGCGCGGUCAUAAAUGGAUGUCAGGCUGAGCUUAGCUCCUCUUCUUCAGAAGAAGAUGAGUUGGUGGACCGCUUGAAGCAGCAGAGCUUGUCACAAGGGUGUGGGGUAGCUAAAGGGGGCAUUGUCAUGGACCCAUUGACAGCACACUACUCAUCAACAUCUACAAACAGCUCUCCUUCCUCUACUGUUGGCUAUGAGCGCGGCCCCCGUGACAACAAUGGCAACAGCAGUCGCAUCCUAGCGGCGACGCCAAUUGAAAUAUGCGUGUAGAGAGGUAACCGGCACAAACCCACCUUGCACAUAGACUUGGGAUGACUAGAUAAAAGGAGGGACUCAAGUUCUUGAGGAGCAAAUGCUUGAGAAGGAAAUUCUGUAGCUGAUGUUCGGCGCAAGUGUGCUAAGAGUAUCCCAAGAAUAGUUGAAAUCUUGAAACUAUUCCUUCUGACGAGUGUUUCAGAGGGAAUGUGAAAGACAAUCACCAAAAUCUGACAAUUGUAUCUCGACCAAUUUUUCCACAUAUAAUCAGUCUAAAAUGAAAGAAGAUUCUGAAGAAUAGGAGAACCUCUUCUGUGAAAAUUUCAAGCAAUAUAUUGAAUGUUUGGCGAAGAAAAUUAUUGAACUCAGAAGAGAUUUUAAAACAAUCAGAUUUUUCAUAUGUGAAACAUGGCAAAAACAGUUAUUAGUGGAGACUAACAUUGUUUCGGAAGCACAGUGUUAACUGUGGUGCUAUUGUUUCGUGCUUGUGUAUCCCUGUGGUCAGUGGAUAGGACUUUGGAAUCUUAUGUUACUUUUUAAGUGUUUUACUAUUUAUUUUUGGUUCUUUUACCCUCUAACAUUUGCAUUAUUUAUUUAAUAUUGUAAAAUAACAAAGUUGAAUCAUUUGCAAUGAAACUGCAUUGUCAAAACUCAGUUUGCUCACUAUAAAACCAAAACCGACAUGUACAACAAAAUGUCAACUAAUUCCAGAAGCCUGUUAGUAAGUUUUGAAUGCUAGAUGCGCAUAAAUCUGUUCAAGGUAACAUAGUAAUUAGAGUUGCCAAAUAUCCCAUUUUAGCUGCAAUGAACAUGUCCCAAAUGGUAUGCCUAUUUUAUCCUAUAAUUUAGCAGUGAGAAGAUCAAGGGUGAUAUUUGAAACAUUGCUCCUAGAAACACAGUUCAAAAACUCUUCAGCCAUUUCAUGCUAACACAUUUAUGAAAAGAAUAUACAGGUAUAAUAUACUGCUUAUUUCUUUUCGUCUGGCAUUCUUUUUGAGCACCAUUGAUAGAUUGAUCCCUGAUAGUACAUUGGCGUUGGCAAGACAUUUGAGUUUUCGGUUUCAUCUAAAAGAAGAAAGUCUAGACAUGUCACAGAGAUGCUAAAAUGUUACAAUAUUUAGUAGAUGUUUUCCGAACAUGUUCUUACAUGUUUUCUGAGUAUAUUAAUAAAAUGUUAACUGGAUGUUUGUUCACAAAUAUGAUGCUUAAAGUAGAACGCAGUGCUUUUCAGAUGAUACGCUCUUUCACAGAUGUUUCGGUGACGUACGUUUGCUACUGAGUGUUUAUGGAUUUCUCAGGUAUACCAUUCACUGUGUAAUGUUUAACACUCACUUUUACUACUCCACCGUGAUGUUAUUAUUAUUUGCUGGUAUUCGUAUGAAAAGUGUGGAUCUUGCACAUGUACAUUUUCAAACAGUUGGAAUGACACUUAAACGUACAAUAGCAAUAUACUGACAGAAUCUAAAAUGUAAAACUUUAGAGACAUACAAUGUUAACAAUUCUGUUGGGGCGUGGGAAGCUCAGCAAGUAUUGACACUGACUACCACCCCUAGAGUCGCGAGUUUGAAUCCAGGGUGUGCUGAGAGACUCCAGCCAGGUCUCCUAAGCAACCAAAUUGGCCCGGUUGCUAGGGAGGGUAGAGUCACAUGGGGUAACCUCCUCGUGGUUCGCGAUUAGAGGUUCUCGCUCUCAAUGGGGCGUGUGGUAAGUUGUGUGUGGAUAGUGGAGUGUAGCAUGAGCCUCCACAUGCUGUGAGUCUCUGCGGUGUCAUGCACGACGAGCCAUGUGAUAAGAUCCGCAGAUUGACGGUCUCAACUGAGACUUGUCCUCCACCACCCAGAUUGAGGUAACUGCGCCACCAAGAGGACCUACUAAGUAGUUGGAAUUGGGUGAGAAAAGGGGGAUUAAAAGAAAAAGAAGAAAAAAAAACAAUUCUGUUGAAUUUCACAGAAUAUUGAAUUCACAGGUUUUAUUUAAAAUAUUGUAAAUGUUUAGAUAUUUCCAAUAUCUAAAUUUAUAAACAAGAUGGGAUUGCAUAUUUCACUCAUCUGCAGUGGUACCAUAGAAAAUGUUCUGGCAGUUCCAGUUCAGACCAGUCUUCAGAGGACUCGGAAUAAAGAUUUAUACCUCCCUAAAGUUGUACAUGCUUAAAAGGGUUUACAUUUUAGAUGGUGUCAAUACAUGGAUAUUUUACAUUUCAGUGUUUAUCCAAAUGUACGUUUACACUUUAUGUAUGAAUACGAAUGAGAUCACCUUGAUUACUCAGUUGAAGUGUAAAAAUCAAGCGUAGUCGAGUUUGCUGUUGAAUGAUGUCAUAUUUGUGCUCCAUGACAAAUAGAAGUGCUGCUUUGGGCCAGGGAAUGAACUUCCUCUAGUGUAUCUGCACAUUAUCCUUUUAUUAGGGCCCUUGAUUACAUAUACAUUUUACCUGCUGCUAAACCUUGAAUACUUUACAUUUAGCUCAAAUAAUUCAAAAAUGCCAAUGAAGUGACAUGUACCCCCUGGUCCAGAACAAGUUCUUGUGCAAUUUAAGAGGUUUUCAUUGUUAAAAUCUUUAUUUAAUUUAUGAUGACAUUUCUUCAAUGUCGUACUCUUGUUCCAAGACAGAUAGCAAAGGUCAUUUUGACCUUAUAAAAUAAAAAAAAUAAAAAGGUGUAAUCAAAUCUUAGAAAGGGAACUUUGUCAUUUUGCAUGGAUAUUACAGAAAGUCUUAUGUAAAAGGAGGUUGUAUCUGUACUAUCAUUUAGAGUUGUGAAAAUGAUUGUGUAGUCAUACUUUCAAGUAGCACAAGUUUACAACAUUUUACAUAAUUAUCAAUGGAGUCCAAAAGAAAAUAAAAAAAAUGUUUUUUUAAUACUUCAUGUGCUGAAUGUGCACCUCAUUGUAGGCAAACAGUCAUGUAAAGUGCAGUGCAUAAAGUAUUUUUGUUUUAUUUAUUUAUUUAAUUUUUGCGCUGAUAUAAAACUAAUGUAGAAGUUCAGCGCUGCACUGAGAAACAUUUUAACCUGCAAAAAUUAUUAAAACCUUUCUUCAAGAGAACAAAAGUAAAACUAGUCAUCUUAAUGUGUUGUGUUUUCCAGAAAUAUUUGCAUGAAUUAAUAUUACUCUGGAGAAACAUUGUAGAA